GAGACACUGGGAAAGGAGAGGGGUGUGGGGAUGGAAUGGGUUGCCUAGCCAUGCUGUGGAUGCUGAAUUACUGGGAUCCUUAAAAACUUGGCGCAGUUUUGAGAUCCAGAAAUGAUUGUUGUUUCAGCAUGGCAGUGAGCAGAGGUGCCUUCGUGUGGCUGCUUCUCACUCUGACGGCCGUGUCGGAGGUCUGCUACGGCCAGCACUGGUCGUACGGACUGCGGCCUGGCGGAAAGAGAGAGGCGGAGAGCCUGCUGGACACCCUGCGAGAGAUUGCUGACACGGAGAAGCUGGCCAAUGCAGAUCACUUGGAGUGCGGUAUGAGCUUCCAUCACAGCCAACUCAGCGGCCUAAAGGGGGUGCUAGAACGUCUGGUUGACGGAGAAUCGGCAGGAGAAAGGAUUUAGAGAGGGUGUAAAAAACACGUUUCAAAUCAAAACUCUUCUGUAA